GCGGCGCGUUUCUCAUUCAUGUCCCGCGGUGACGCGCUGCGACUGCGGUAGCUGCUGCGGCGGCGGCGGCGCACUGCCUCCAGCACAGUCUGUAGGAUACACAGACCGUCUGUCUAUGCUAAUAUCAACCUCCUAAAUAUACCUUUAUUGUUGAAGACAAAGUAGCUGGAGACACUCAUUCAAAUUCAGAAUUUCGCCGGAAGGAGGAUGUGGACGCGCCAUCACCUACAAGAGUUAGUGGAGCCUUAUCAGAUAAAGACUACCGCGUCUGUUUUAACUAGUGGAGUCAAAGUCGUCGUUAUUGUGUCAUUUCUUGAUUAUCUAGUCGAAGUUCGCUUUCCCAAAUGUGAAGACUAGUCUAGGCUACUACAACCCUAUUGAAAUAAUCUACAAUAAACAAUUAAGGACAGAGAUUUAACUAUUUACACAGCCAGCGUUUAGCAGCAUGCAAGAAUGUGGUAAAAAUUAUAUUCCAUAGGCCUAAAUGGUUUCAGUAACCUUCGUAAAAUGGGGGAAGAUGUGUCUUUUAAAGGCUCUCUUUUUCGAUGGUCGACCAGAGCACACAAAUAAUCAAGGUUACUUUGCUACAAAAAACGUUAUUAUUUGCAUGAUGCACCCGUCCUCCAUUUACGUAAAAAAUAUGAAUGGAACCAUUCAAGUGCCAUACUUCCAGGAAUUAGUUCACACAGCAUCACAGUUGACAACGUGGGCUAGCUGUAGUUUUCCCCAGGUAUUUUCACUAGUUAAUUCAAAAGUGCAGCGCUGAUGACGAUUGAUUUUUAACUGGUAAUUUUAAGGAGAUUAAUUAAUAUUUAAACACAUGUAACAACCUGCCUAAGGUGACGUCAGGCCAGUUGUUUUGGAGCGCACAUCCAAUCGCUUACCUGGCUUCAAUUCUACAGGAGCCGAUAAGGGUCUAUCUUAACCCUGUCGCUCUCCUCACGCACCUACCACAACGCCCCCUCUCUAGAUGCUCGGUGUUGCCCGCCUGCUGCUUUAAACGGCAGCACUGAUAUGGAAAGCCCAUUGCAGUUGCAGAACGAUUUCUAUCCGGAGCAGCAGCAGCUCCAACACUGUAAGUACCAGCACUACUGCGGACGCCAAGAACGCUCCAUCAGCCAGCAGGACCGGGGUUGCACCUGCAAUAACUACGAUGCACGGAAAAGCCUAAUUUCUCACGGGACGUCGCCUACCCCUCACGGAACUUUAAGGACACCGUCCGUAUCGUCUUUGAGACAAGGCUGUCAGUUAAGCGCUUGCGAGUUCACGCCCUCUAGUCAUGGUAGUUCAUCCAGACAUCAUCAUCACCACCAUCAGCAGUGCCACAGUCGGCAGCGGGGCAGCCCGGCCAGCAGCCGCAGAGAGAGUAACUCUUAUAAGCAAAUAGCCAUGAGCAGCUGCAGAUACAACGGCGGCGUAAUGCGGCCGUUGAGCAACUUGAGCUCGUCCCGCAGAAACGUACACGAGUUUGAUUCGGAGUCCCAGCCGCUGCAGCCUAUCUCCACUGCGGAUGCGUCGGACACUCUAGCCUCUAAACCGGAGAACAACUCGACCACUCUUAUGCCUUACGCAUCGGGGGAUGGAGGGGGUGGAUGUAGCCACAGUGGCAACAAAUCGGGCAAAAAGAAGAACCAGAACAUUGGGCAAAAGCUUGGACACAGAAGGGCCUUAUUUGAAAAGAGAAAACGGUUAAGCGACUAUGCACUGAUCUUUGGGAUGUUUGGGAUCGUUGUUAUGGUCAUAGAGACGGAACUGUCGUGGGGUGCAUAUGGAAAGGAGUCCUUGUAUUCAUUAGCUCUAAAAUGCCUGAUCAGCCUUUCAACCAUCAUUCUUCUGGGUUUGAUUAUCAUAUAUCACGCCAGGGAAAUCCAGUUGUUCAUGGUGGACAAUGCCGCUGAUGACUGGCGGAUAGCCAUGACGUACGAGCGCAUCUUCUUCAUCUGUCUGGAGAUCCUGGUGUGCGCCAUCCACCCCAUCCCCGGCAACUACACCUUCACCUGGACAGCGCGCCUGGCCUUCUCCUACGCGCCGUCCAAGGCCAACGCCGACGUGGACAUCAUCCUGUCCAUCCCCAUGUUCCUGCGUCUGUACCUGAUCGCGCGCGUCAUGCUGCUGCACAGCAAGCUGUUCACGGACGCCUCGUCGCGCAGCAUCGGCGCGCUCAACAAGAUCAACUUCAACACGCGCUUCGUCAUGAAGACGCUCAUGACCAUCUGCCCCGGCACCGUGCUGCUUGUCUUCACCAUCUCGCUGUGGAUCAUCGCUGCAUGGACAGUGCGCGCCUGUGAAAGAUACCAUGACAGCUUGGACGUAACCAGCAACUUCUUAGGAGCCAUGUGGUUGAUCUCAAUCACGUUUCUAACCAUCGGUUAUGGGGAUAUGGUUCCCAACACAUACUGUGGAAAGGGAGUCUGCCUCUUGACUGGGAUUAUGGGGGCGGGAUGCACUGCUCUGGUGGUGGCAGUGGUUGCAAAAAAACUGGAACUUACCAAAGCUGAAAAACAUGUACAUAACUUUAUGAUGGACACCCAGCUGACAAAAAGAGUGAAGAACACAGCUGCGAAUGUACUCAGGGAGACAUGGCUCAUCUACAAGAACACCAAGCUGGUGAGGAAGAUGGAUCACGCCAGAGUCAGAAAGCAUCAGAGGAAAUUUCUCCAAGCCAUUCAUCAGGUGAGGUCGCCUUUGCUGGGGGCUCUGAAUGAUCUUGUGUUCAGAUUGAGAAGUGUUAAAAUGGAGCAACGCAAGCUGAAUGACCAGGCUAACUCUCUAGUGGACCUUGCGAAGACCCAGAACAUCAUGUACGAGCUGAUCUCGGACCUGAACGAGCGCGGCGAGGAUAUGGAGAAGCGCAUCGCCCUGCUGGAGACCAAGCUGGAGACGCUGCUAGGCAACCUGCAGGCGCUGCCGGGCCUCAUCAGCCAGCUCAUCAGCCAGCAGCACCGGGACUUCCUGGAGGUGCAGCUGCAGCCGUACGACAAACACAGCCCCGAGCGCUCGCAGUCGGUCUCGCGGCGGCGCUCCUCCUCCACGGCGCCCCCUACCUCCUCGGAGAGCAGCUAGGCGGAGGCUUUUGGGCCAGGAGAAAGGAGGAUGGUGGAUGGAGGGAACAAUAACAGGAACAGACAGAUCAACUACUGUCAGAGAAGAAGAAAAAAAUACACCUCCAACUGUCCUCUGUUUCUCCUGCUCCCCUCCUUUGAACCUACAGGCGAAGACUUUUGCCAUUAAAUGGCCAGAUUACAUUUACUGUAAAGCCUUAGGGUUUGAAACAGAAGCAUUACGCCUGACAUUCUGAUGACAGAAUCCAAGGCAUCUUGUGGAGGGGGGAGGCAAUAUUUUCUUCCUUUUUCUUUUGCUUUUUUUAAACAGAUUACUCAACAUACUGUUGAUAGAUUCUUUUUAUUACCUCAGAAAUGUGUUAUACUUUUUUCCCUUCUGAUGACAUUAUCAUAGAGAAUGCCUUUCCUCAGUAAAAACUAUUAAAAGGUGCCUGGAUGUGUAGAGGUCAGAGACUAGACUGUGUGUGUGUGUGUGUGUGCGUGUGUGUGUAAGUGAGGGUGUAAGUCGGACCAUGUCCAUCCGUCACCUCGGGCCGGUUUCAGGGAAGCAGUGACAGCCUCUGGUGCAAACCUGCUGUGCUAAGCUAUAGCACAUCCUCAAAGCACCGUCUCUGCUUAAGCAAUCUGAGGAUGACCUAAUAGUCUUCCCUUUUCUUUUAAUUGUUUUUUUUCUUCUUUUUUGUUACUUUGUUUGUGGCGUGCUCAGUGCAUUUUGGCCGCUCAAACCUGCAUGCUUUUAAUACUUUUUAUUGAGGAAUUUAAAAAUACAGUCUCUUCUGGGCAUGUGCAACCUUGCAAAUAAGGGUUGCUUCCGUAGGCUCCCCUUUCCUUGUCAAUCAAAAAUACCCUGUAGAAUGUCAGACAAUGAGAAACAGCAUCAACAAUGUAGUUGGUUUAUUUCUGUUCAGGCCCCUAUUAAAUAUAUAUAUAUAUUUUGGGAUGGGGGGGCUAUACUGCAAAACAAUUUACUCCUCUCAAAAAAGGGAAUGCAUCUGAAUCUAUACUUGCACUUACUUUUCACAAUGCACUUCAAUGCUGACUGACUAAAAUUUUGAUUUGUGUUGCUCAUUAGAACAAAAGAAAAAAGUAUAUUUAGUCAUUAGGACAGGGGUUAAUGACCUGAAGGUCCAGCAACAAGAAUGUUCGCAGCUUGUGGUUAUAGUAACUUCAAGCCCUUCCAUAGCAACCCUCCAUCGCGACUUUAAUUCAAACUCCCCCCUGUGCUAUAUGGUUUUAGAUACUACUGUAGACCGCUUCCAAUACUGCUUCAUUAGUGCUACUUACCUAUACUUCCUAAAUAGGCUCUAAACAUUCAGACGGAAGAUACCACCACUUUCUGCAGAUCUGAAGUAAAAACAGCUUAGAGCAGUCAUCCCUCAGAUCAUUUGACCCAUUGUGCGCUGUGCGCUAACAAUAGCCCCAGAAAGAGGUAGAGGCCAUCUUCUGGAUGCUACCUCUCAGGAGGCAGUCGUUGGGAAAAGCAGCACACCACUUUGGAAAUGCCUAUUUUUAUAUGUUUUCACUCAACAAAGCACAUCUCCAAAAAACACAAUAGAUCACAAGGAAUGUACAGCAACACAACAAGAGGUUUCCAAACUCUUCCAUACAGCCUUCACAAUAAAGGGGUCUGGUUAUGCCUAAGCUCCAUAUAUGGGUCUACUGUGUCUCUGUGGGUGUCAGAGUGGCAAAAAACAAGUGCAGUGAACUGAGUAUCUAAGCAUCUCUGUCAGACCAGCCUCCAACCUCUGUGUAGCACAGCCCUGUUUAACAAGAGGCAGAGAAAGCACGCUGAACUCUCACUACUCAGUAACAAUAUAAACUAAUUUUUCUUUUCUUUUGUGAAUGUCCGAAUGUCUUCCCAGGGGGUCUUAUCAGAGCCCAGAACUAUGGUGUGGAGGUUGAUGGAUGUCCUAUCCAAAUCCUACCCCAGAUUUUGGCAUGGGAUGUAUGGGUUACAAAGCUUUGACAUUAUAAAUGGUGGAUGAAGUUUCACCAACAUAAAUACUUUUGAGUGAAUAUACUGUAUGCAAAAGAAAUAUUAAACAAUAAAAUGAAACUAUUUAGCAAAAAAA